AUGUAUAGCGUUGAACAUUGUGAGAGGGGCGUCAUUGAUAAACUACUGACCAGAUACGGUUUUCUACAUUGCACUGAAAGAGUUGCAAGACUAUUCUUUCACAACAGUGAAUAUAAAGGAAAUAUCGAUAAUCUAGCUGUGGGAGACGUAGUGGAGUUCCAAGAAUCGGUAGAUAGCCGAACUGGUAAGUCGGUGGCGGUAAUGAUAAAGAAAAUAAAAAAUACGGCGUCG